GGCGCCGCGCAGCUUCCGGCUGGGAUGGACCUCUGGCCCCGGGGAGCCCGCGGGCCGCCGGUGGGGGUGGCGCUCCCGCAGGGGUGAGGCGACGGCGUGCGGGGGGAGACGACUCCGGUCGGUCCCCCGGCCGCCUCCUCCCGCCCUUCCUCACACCUGCCCUCUUUGGACACUGCGCCCUCCUGCCGCUCCUGGAGUAUGAGCGCGGAGGGAAAAUUAGGGUCCCGGACGGAGGGGAGAGGACCCCAGAAUCCCCCAGGCUGGGGGUUAGCUUUGGGAAAUCCGGGGCCUGGGCGCCCGGGGGGACCACAGCACUUGAUGGCCGAGACCCCCACUCCCAUGGCCAGGCCCGGGAAGCCCGGGGCCGGGGAGGACCAGCAGGAGGAGGGAGAGGAAGAAGGGGGCUCCGGGAGGCCACGGGCAGAGACGCUGGAGCAGGCCCAGGAGCUGUUUCUGCUGUGUGACAAAGACGCCAAGGGCUUCCUCACACGGCAUGACCUGCAGGGCCUGCAGAACGACGUGCCCCUCACACCGGAGCAGCUAGAGGCUGUGUUCGAGAGCCUGGAUCAGGCCGGCACCGGCUUCCUCACCGCUUGGGAGUUCUGCCUCGGCCUGGGGAAGUUUGUGGGGGUGGAGUCAGCCCAGAGCACACCGCCCUCCCAGGCUCCAGAGGAAACCUUCGAGUCGGGCUGGUCAGAUGUGCAGGGCACUGGGGGCUCCCUGGAAGAGGAGGAGGAGGAGGAGAGAUUCCGGGAAGCGCUGGAGCAGCUGGGGGUGGCCCCAGUCCUGGGCGAGCAGCGAGCGGUGCGGACAUUCUGGACCCGAUUGCAGCGCGAGCGACCCGAGCUGCUGGGCUCCUUCGAGGACGUUCUGGUGCGCGCGUCGGCCUGCCUGGAGGAGGCAGCUAGAGAGCGGGACGGCCUGGAGCAGGCGCUGCGGCGGCGGGAAAGCGAGCACCAGAGGGAGGUGCGGUGUCUGUACGAGGAGACGGAGCAGCAGCUUCGCGAGCAGCGCCAGCGUCUCCGGAGUCAGGACCUCCCCCGGGAGGAGCGCACAGGCCUCCUGGAGCUGGAGCUGCAGGACCGCGAGCAGGAGCUGGAGCGGGCAGGCCUGCGGCAGCGGGAGCUGGAACAGCAGCUGCAGGCCCGGGCCAGCGAGCAGCUGGAGGUGCAGGCGCAGAACGCCCAGCUGUGGCUAGCCAACGAGGCGCUACGGACGCAGCUGGAGGGGACGCAGGAGCAGCUCCACAGGCUGGAGGGCGACUUGCGGAGCCGCCAGGAGCAAGCCCUACGAGAUGUGGUCGCUGUGUCAAGGAACAUGCAAAAGGAGAAGCUCAGCCUCCUGCGGCAACUGGGACUCCUCAGGGAGCUGAAUGCGAGGCUACGGGAUGAGAGGGAUGCCUGUGAGGCCAAGCGGUUAGCCAGCGGUCGAAGGAAAGCUCUGGCCAUGGCUCGCAUGCCGGGCCCCACCUGCUGCUGUUGCUGCUGCUGCAGCUGGGCUCGCCCCCCAAGAUGCGGCUCUGGCCACCUUCCCAGUGCCCGCUGACCAUCCCCCAGAGACUCACUGGGCAUUCCUCGGAGAGGCCACCCCUCGAAGGCGAGGCGUCAUGGCCCAUCCAGCAUUCGGGCUCUGCUCAGGGCACUGCAGGCCUGCCUGCAUGCAGACAUGAAGGAACUACCCAGGGAGUGGUGGGUCGGUGGGAGUCUCACGUGCCCCCCUGCUGGGCCUCAUCCUGUCCCAUCCCAUCAAAUCCAUCUCUGACCAGCAGAAAAACUCCCUCCUCCUAAUAAAGUCCAUUGACU